UUAGCGAUCGAGAAACUGUCACACUGCAUACGUUGCAAGUUUGGUAAAGAAGAAGAGCUUGCAAUGUCUAUUUAUUUGCUAUGUUUGACAACAAAUGGCGGUCUUCCAGUGUUUACCAGAAAGAAGGGAGAAUGCGAGAAUCUACCAUUUUCCACGGUGGCUUCCCUUAACGGUUUUCACAUGUUCUUUAAAUCGCUGGGGAUUCAACUUGAGGCCACUACAACUAGCAAGCAGCAGCCCAUCCAGAACAACCAGGCUUCGGCGGAUGCAGAGGAGUGGACAUACAUAUGGCGCGACAGUAACGCUAUCACCCUGAUCGUUUGCGGCUGCGGCGUGGGAUCGGAGCAACUGCUUCAGACGCUGGCGGAUCUGGUCUAUGGAGCGAUUGGCAUGUUUAUAACUCGUGCGGCGGAAAUGGCUCAUGCCACGCUACUGGAGCGAUUGAAGAAAGAUGCCAAGAAAUAUGUGCCCAUUGUGGACGCUAUUCUGGAGGCUGCUUGCGCCGGCACGCAGCUCCUUGGCUAUACCGAUUGUCUGUUGGCAGCAGAAAAUGCCCAAUUGCUGCAGUGCCUAAACGAGUUUAGUGGCCAUUGCGGAUCGCUUUUCUGCUGCCUGGUAGUCGGUCAUCGCAUCGCCGUGGCUACCGAAGGCUGGUGGGAUCUAGACACUCGCGAUCGGGAACUUCUGCUGUUCCUUCUAAACUCCUCCAGCACGCUGCAGCAUGAUGUGCCUGUCUAUCUGCCAGUGAAGAGUCCUAAUAUAGCCUAUCGAUUCGUUAGCAUUCCCGUGGCCUCCAAUAGUGCUCUAUGUGUUCUUUGUGGCGCUGAAAAUGCCUCCUUUCGGGAACUGCAUGCUCAUGCUAUGAGUGCCUAUCGGAAUGAGGGUAAUCUUCUGGCGGCCGCAGAGCGCUGCGUACCGCGCAGUUUGCCUGAGCACCUGGAAAUUGAUGGCAAUGUGCUGGCCAUCAUUUUAAUCAACCGGCCUAUGCGGAAAAGUUUGUUCACCAGGAAUCUCAACCAGUCGGCGAGUGCCAAGCGCAUCAUUGUGGGCGACCUGCAACGACUGGACAUUCUCAAGAAGUUUUUUGAUCAGACUAUGGAUGCAGUGCAUCAAUUUGAGGUCGAGUCUUCGGGAAAUAAAACUUUGUUGCUGGAUCAAUAUAGCUGUUCAGAUUACCACAAGUGCUAUGCCCACACUGAUGAGAUCGGGAAUAUUUUGUUUUUGUUGUUUGUAGCAGCAGUCCCCUCGCACGCACUGAGAUUUCUCGCUCAACGCAUUCAUGCUAACAUCCUACAGGAAAAAUCGGUUUGCUGGUGACCUGUUUUUCACCCACAAAUACCAAGACUGAUAUUUUUUAUUAUUUUACCUAGUGUACGAAAAUACUUCACUUUUUUAAGUGGGUUUAAACAUAAAAUU